CGCCAGAUGGCCAUCAUUUUUCUAGUUGAUUUUUUUUAAGUGAUUGAAGUUUGGGAAUAAAUCGCUCAUAAAAUGUAUCAGAAUUUAAUGGCGUGUAGAGCCAGUUUAUCGGGAGCGGCUCGUUCUACACAAGCGGGAAAAAGAUUUGGUCAUGGUUCAAGAGAAAAUUCAUUAACGAGAAGUUUGUCGCCUUCAACACAUUCUGUGGAUAUUCCUCGAAUGAAAGAUGUUUCGAUUAGACUCUAUUCAAAUCCAGCUAGAAGGCCAGGUUUUUUUAGUCAAUUUGUCGAGAAUAUUAAGCAAGAUAUGCAAAAAAGUAAGGAGAUGAAGGAAUCGUUGAAAAAAUUUCGCGAAGAAGCUGAUAAACUUGAACAAUCUGAUGCAUUGAAAUCAGCGAGACAAAAAUUUCAAACAGUCGAAUCGGAAGCCAGUAAAGGAUCUGAAGUUUUAAAAGAGAAAUUGGAUACUUUAAAAGAAAAAGUUCAAGAAGCUGUUGAGGGAGUGAGUAAAACGGAAUUAGGAAAAAAAGCAGGACAAAUUGGUGAGGAAAUUUCGAAAACUGCUAAAGGCGCUGCGGAAACAAUAUCAGAGACGGGUCAGGCAAUUGGAAAAACGGGAGCUUUUAAAAAAAUGUCCGAAACCGCUGAAGCUGUUCAAAAAGAAUUUAAUCAUGGAAUUGAAGGUCGAGUUUAUGUACCAUUGAAAACAUUAAGGAAGCGAAAAGAAAUUAUCGAAUCUCAACAAACUUUCGAGGCAAACACAGAAGCAACAGGUGUUGAACUUCACAAAGAUUCUAAAUUUUAUCAGUCGUGGCAGAAUUUCAAGGAUACAAAUCCAUAUGUGAAUAAAGUUUUGGAUUGGAAAAUAAAAUACGACGAAUCGGAAAAUCCAGUUGUUCAAGCAUCAAAAUUAGUUACGGAAAAAGUCACAUAUUUAUUUGGUGGUCUAUUUCAAAAAACUGAAAUCUCAAAUACACUCACGGAAAUAUGUAAAAUUGAUCCGAGUUUCGAUAAAGUACAAUUCUUAAAAUAUUGCGAGACUGAUAUUAUUCCAAAUAUUCUAGAGGCAAUGAUAAGAGGCGAUUUGGAAAUUUUAAAAGAUUGGUGCCACGAGGCUCCUUAUAAUUUACUCGCACAGCCUUUAACGCAAGUGAAAACAUUGGGAUAUCGUUUAGACAAUAAAUUAUUAGAUAUCAAUAAUAUUGAUCUAGCAAUGGGUAAAGUAAUGGAUCAGGGUCCAGUUUUAGUAAUAAAUUUUCAAUCACAACAAAUUAUGUGCGUGAGAGAUAUGAAGAACAAUAUUGUCGAAGGUGAUCCCGAGAAGGUGAUGCGCGUUAAUUAUGUUUGGGUUUUAUGUCGAGAUCCCACUGAAUUAAAUCCCAAUGCUGCAUGGCGACUACUCGAUCUCAGUGCCAAUAGUUCCGAGCAACUUAUGUAGUGUGCGGUAUUUCAAAUUUUACCUAAUGAACUAAUUUUUUUUUUUUCAAUUACAAUAAAUUCAAUUGCAUAAUCCGAUUAUUCAAACGGGAAAUUAGAAAAAAGAAAACUUUUACAGUUUUCAUAAAAUUUCAAUUAUACAAAUUAUCGGAUAGUUCACUGAGAGAAAAUUUGUUAGAAUUGUUAAAUAGAUAUAUUUAUAUAUCGAUUACAAUUUUAUUUAUAUACCGAUUAUUGACUGAAAAUAAUAUUAGUAAUAAUAUUAAAAUAAUAAUUAUGAACAUAUUUAGAUUACUUUUUUUUUUUUUUUUUAAUAUUAUGACUAAUAUUUUCAAAUGUUUAAAACAAUCGCUUCGUUUUCCAUUUUCUUUUUAAAAAAGAAUUUUGCAAAUUUAAUAUAAAAGAAAUAUGGAAGAAAUCAUUGGUGAAAAAGAAAUUUAUAUAUAUUUUAGUUGACAAAGAAAAUUGUACAGGUGUUGAGACUUGAUUUGUCUCUGUGUAAAUUUUAUUAUAUAUACAUUAUAAUUUAAAAAUUGUAUUAGAUAGAUAAAUUGUAUCACGUACUGUGUUCUUGUACUGGGUACAAGUCAUUUUACUGUGAAUAACAAAAUCGUUAGUAACACAUUGUAAAUAUAAUUUCUAAAGAAUGUCGACGUAGAAUAGUUGGCUUUUCAUUUAUUUCGAUUAAAUUUCGAAAAUUGAAAAGCGACUAUUUAAUAUUAAAAAAAAUUUGCGAUUUUUAUUUAAAAAAAAAAAAAAAAAGAAAAUAAUAUCGUAAUAUUUGACUUAACUCGAAAAUAGUCUUAUCGGAUAUUAUGUAAAUUAAAAAAAAAAUGCUUGUAAUCGUAUCAAAACGAUAAUAUUGUUUUAUGAGCGACAAGAUUUAUUAACAAACUUCAAUGCGUAUUUAUAGAAAAGAAAAUCUUGAUUCGAUUUAAUUACAGUACUAUAUAUUUAUAAUGUUCAUCAGUUUUUUUUAAAUAUGACUGGAAAAAUCUGCUGGAUUAGAUAUGUAAUAUAUAUAAAUAUAAAAAAUGAAAAAAUUGUUGAUUGUAAAAAAGCAGAUGAACUUUAUAAAAAAAUAAAAUGGGUACUGUAAUUUUUAAAAUAUUUUUAACACUAACUUUUUUUUAGAUAGUCAUUUACGUUUUGUACAAUUAUUCAGAGGUAAUUUUUUUGAUUUACAAUA